AUGUCAAGAGUAUCAAUAUCUCUAAAGAGUUCAGAGAAACAAAAUCCUAAUAGUCGAUUGGAGAGAAGACGUUCUAGACAUGUUUCACAUUGUUCUGACGAGACCUACGAUCCAAAUCAUACUACAUGUACAAAUAUUCAUUAUCAUGCCAAAGAUUCGACCAUAGAUUGUAGUCGUCAGAAAGAACGUAAUCCUGGUGUACUUUGCUAUAAAGGCGAUCAAAAUGGUCUCCGUGAGCAAUUAUCAGCUGGCGCUAACCCGGAUUGUUUAUACCUGAAUUAUCCGCUCACGAUCAUAGCACUACAAAAACAGCCCAUCUUAACCAUCAUUAACACUCUGCAAAUGCUAAGGGCAUUUAACGGGAAUAUAACCAUUCGAGAUCCUCAAUUAAAACGAACAGUUUUACUGGAGUCCGCAUCAAAAUUAAUGACCCGUGAACUCGACUACAUCGAAAAAUACCCAAUAUUACUUCAAUGGUUGGUUGAUACUAACCUGUUUAACAUUCACGAAAGAGAUUUCGACGAGGGGUGUGGAAUUCUUCAUUUCGUCGUACUAACAAAACAUGACAAAUAUAUUCCGUCGCUUUUGUUGAAAUGCAUAGAAUUGGGCGCAGAUCCUCGUUCUGAAGAUUCUAAGGGAUAUAAUGCCCUCGCAUAUGUAGUUAAAUUUCAACCACUUAAUAUCCUGAUGGAAGUGAUGGAAAAAGUUCCGUCGAUGAGAGACGCAGAAGUGUUACAACGCGCUAUCGCUAAAUCUUCUUGGAUGAGCAAAAAAAGAUCUUAUCUUAAAGAAUGGUUAAAUGAAUGUAACGAUUUUUAUCGAUUCCAUUCAAUUUAA